AUAUAUGGCCAAGAACAUCUAUAAUUCAUCCAUUUCAGCUGAUGGGAGCAUUGAUAGUUCAUCCAUUUCAGCUGAUGAGAGCUUCAACAGCGACAGCCCUGACAGGGGGACUUACAACAGAGCUCUAGAAAUUGAAUCCAUGGAUACAAGAAAAAAGCCUGCAGACUCUGGGAAGAUGAUCAUUUUUGAAACAUGGGGACAACUUCUGGUCAUGGUGCCAUUCACCAUUGCCAUCACCCUAUUUGGUGCAUCCUGGGCUAACGAGCGCGAAUACAUCGUUCCCGGCUUCUUUCCUAACUCCCAAACAUUCUUCUUGAUCACAACGUUGAAUUUCUACGUCUCAAUAACUGGAAUCGUCGUUGGGCAUGUGUCGCCCACCUUUGCUAUAGGGUUUCACCUCAUUGCCUUCUUGUGCGCCCUUAUAUCACUGACCAUGCUCUUUGAGGCGCUUCUACCAAAUGGGCUUAGUGCAGUGCCAUGGAUUUUCCUAGCACUUGUCAUCUUCAUUCUUUGCGGAUUAGUCAUUUAUGAGUGGUAUUUCAUGCCCAUAAAGAACAACCCCCAUGGCCAAAAUGAAGAAGUUGUAGCUCCCAAUGGAUCCUAGAUGGAAGCACAAAAUGGUUAAUUUUCUUGAUUGAUCUAAAUUAAGGAUAUAUGCAUUGAAGGUCCCCUUAGAGGAUUAAGUUCAGUCAGACAGAGCUUGAAACAGGAUUUUUUUCUUUUUCCUUUCUCCCCCACUUUGGUAAGUGAAAAGAGAAUGUAACGCUCAUACAAUUGAGAAGAAAUGAUAGUUUUUUUCUCAUUCCUUUUGA